GCUUCUGUAUUUAUAAUUAUAAGGUAUACGGUUCAACAAUCGGCACAACUUCAUGAUAAGGCCAAAACAGUAUUUACGCCGCUGUACCAAACGGCAACAUGAAGAGACGGGUGGAAGGAUACACAGACAGCACCAACAGCUGUGACAGAAUCAUCAACUUCAACUCUCAAGCUAGUGAUGUUAGCUUACAGCAUCUCUCUGCAGAAGAGAAGGCUUUAAUGUUUUUGGAGGAGACCAUCAAGUCCAUAGUUACAGAGGAUGACAUUCAAUCUUCUGGAAACACGAUUAGCAAAAGCCAUCACGUCACACGUGGCGUUCAUCAGGACAGGUCUUCCUGCAACUCUUUUCCAGUGCCUGGUAGCUUGGACAAUCUCUCUGCAGAAGAGAAAGCUUGUCUCAAGUUUUUAGAUGAAACUAUCGAUUCCAUAGAAGAUGGUGGUCUGUCCACUGAUGACACUGAAAGUCUUCCGGAGUCAAGGAACACUAUUGUCCAAAAACAUAACAUUCAUCAAAAGAAGUACCUGGUUCCUACACCUUUUGUCCAGGCAACCGGUAAUGGCAAUGUCCCUCUUAAACAAGGAAUGGCAUCUCCAAAGGUAAAACCACCACCUAAUAAGGACAAUAGCCCUGAGAAUGAUCAACCAUCAUCUGACCAUGCAUCCUACUUGCAGUCUUUGUCCUCUGACCAUCUGGUGGAGCUAUGCAAGAACAUCUCCAUGAUAAAAACCUCAACUGAGAAUCAACCUUCUACACAGAUACAGUUCAAUCAACCCCAGAACAUUCCAGAAAGCGGUUGCAGAAAGCCCAGUCCUCCAGCCAUAGCCCCCAAGCCCAAGAUCCCUUCCCAUAUAGCCAUUGACGCAACUAAAGAAACCACCACCAUCCCCAAUCCAUCUGCAGAUCUGCAAUGGUUACCUCCUGAAAAUUGUGGUGGUUUGAUUCCACCAGACAAGGCCAAGCUGGAGGCUUUAUCUAAACUCGGUCUACUAAAGGAGGAUGGAAUACCAGAAAACAAACAAGGUUUGGAUGCUCCAUUGUCAAGCUCAUUUCCAGCCUGGUCUCAGAAGAACCAAGAGAAAUCUGGAUUGAAUUUGGAGAGCAGUUUGUCCAACGAUGAGCAACUAGCACUCCAAAAGCUAUCACAGGCCAUCAGCUUAAGCCUACCGAUGGCUGCUGAUGUAGGUGAGGACCGCCGAUGGGCUCUAAGAAAACUAGGAUUGCUUAAAGACUAAAUUCUGACCAAAAGACCAAAGAGUCAGAAUUAUUGGCACCCUUUGUAGAUGAUACAAGAUAUUUAACACAGACAAUUAGACAUAUGUAGAUGCUGUAUAGCUUUGUUUUAAUAAUGAUUUGCAACCCACAAUUGACUUCAGGUCAUCCCGCAACUCUUUUCCAGUGCCUGGUAGCUUGGACGAUCUUUCUGCAGAAGAGGAAGCUUGUGUCAAGUUUUUAGAGGAAGCUACCGAUUCCAAAGAAGAUGGUGAUCUGUUCACUGAUGACACUGAAAGUCUUCCAGAGUCAAGGAACACUAUUAUCCAAAAACAUCACAUUCAUCAAAUAAAGAAAUACUUGGUUCCUACAACUUUUGUACAGGCAAUGGUAAUGCCCCUCUUAAACAAGGAAUGGCAUCUCCCAAUGAGAACCCCCUCCCCCCACACCUAAUAAGGACAAUAGCCCUGAGAAUGAUCAACCAUCAUCUGACUCCAAUUGACUUUUGGUGGUGCCUUUUGCCAAGAGACACUUGAAGAGCUUGGACACUUGUUGAGGAUCUUGGAGCCUUGUAGAACACCGUAGAUAUCCCUUCAAUUCAGACCACAGGUUUUCCACAUGGUUCGAGUCUAGAGACUAAGAUGGUUAUUACAAAACUGAUUUUAUGCUCAUGCAACCCAUUCUGUGUUGACUUACUGUCUAGGAUCAAUCUUAUUAGAAGGUCAAUAGAAGAUCUAUCUAUCUAUCUAUCUAUCUAUCUAUCUGUCUGUCUGUCUGUCUGUCUGUCUGUCUGUCUGUCUGUCGGUCUGUCUGUCGGUCUGUCUGUCGGUCUGUCUGUCUGUCUAUGGACAAGGCUUAACCUCCUGGAAAAGGCAACCAUAGUUUGGACUAAACCAUCUUGGUACUUACAAUAUAUAAUGCCCUCAUUCUGUACGAGUCCCUGAAAUAAAACUGAUAC